GCAAAUAAGGAAAAAAAAAGCGACCCAGAAGGGAUAAAUCGGGCGUAGCAAUACUCUCAUGUGGUCUACAUAUUUACGGUCCUUUGAAGGGAGUCUCUGUAACAAGCAAGAUGUCCGACAAAUACGAUCAUCAAAAGGAUGGGGACUCAAGGGAUGAAGAGUGGGGAACUGGUGGAGGCAGUGGUGGCGGCAACAAUGAUAAUAAGGAUUAUGAUGGCCCAGCCGGUAUGGAUGUUGAUGGAGUCAUCGAGUCCACAUGGACAGAGGUUGCCACAAGCUUUGAUGACAUGAACCUCAAUGAAUCCUUACUUAGAGGUAUCUAUGCUUAUGGUUUUGAGAAACCUUCAGCCAUCCAGCAACGUGCCAUUAUGCCUUGUAUCAAGGGCCACGAUGCCAUUGCCCAGGCUCAGUCUGGUACUGGCAAAACUGCUACUUUCUCCAUUGCAAUCCUUCAGAGGAUUGACUCCAAAUCCCAGGAAACCCAGGCCCUCAUCCUGGCCCCUACCCGAGAAUUGGCCCAGCAGAUUCAGAAGGUGGUGCUUGCUCUUGGCGACUACAUGAAUGUAUCUUGCCAUGCCUGUAUUGGUGGCACAAAUCUCCGUGAGGACAUGCGUCGCCUUGAGAUGGGUGUCCAGAUCAUUGUGGGUACUCCUGGCCGAGUGUACGACAUGAUCAAUCGCCGAGUCUUAAAUCCCAAGAACAUCAAGAUGUUCGUUCUUGAUGAGGCUGAUGAGAUGUUGUCGCGUGGUUUCAAGGACCAGAUCUACGAUGUCUUCCGGUUCCUCCCUAAUGAUGUGCAGGUUGUUUUGCUCUCUGCUACCAUGCCUGCUGAUGUCAUGGAUGUAACCACCAAGUUCAUGCGAAACCCAAUCACCAUCUUGGUAAAGAAGGAGGAACUGACCCUUGAAGGUAUCAAGCAGUUCUAUGUGAAUGUUGAGAAGGAAGACUGGAAGUUGGAGACCCUGUGUGAUCUGUACGAAACCCUCACCAUCACCCAAGCUGUAAUCUUCUGUAACACCCGAAGGAAGGUAGAUUGGCUUACCGACAAAAUGCACCAGCGUGACUUCACAGUGUCUGCUAUGCACGGUGACAUGGACCAGAAGGAACGUGAUGUCAUCAUGCGCGAGUUCCGCUCUGGAUCAUCCCGUGUCCUGAUCACAACUGAUCUAUUGGCCCGUGGUAUCGAUGUGCAGCAGGUGUCCCUUGUCAUUAACUAUGACCUUCCUACAAACAGGGAAAACUACAUUCAUAGGAUUGGUCGUGGUGGACGAUUCGGCCGAAAGGGUGUAGCCAUUAAUUUUGUGACUGCUGACGACGCUAGAAUUCUCCAGGACAUUGAAGAACACUACCGAACCUCUAUUGAAGAGAUGCCCAUGAAUGUUGCGGAUUUGAUUUAAACUAGGUGAGAGACUAGCAACAAUAAGGCCUCAGUUAUUGUUGCUCCAACCUGCGCUGUGUUUUGACGCCAUUUGUGCACGCUGCCUACCCCCAUUGAGAGCUGGCAUCGUGAUCUACUUGAGAGCUUGGACGCAUCUGAUCUGAGUCUUGUACAGUGUCCGAGCCCUGUCUGAACAGUGUCUCCUGGGAUCCUCAUAUCAGCCUACCACUAGAGCUUGUGGUUCCAGGUGGACAUAUUAUAUUGCCUGUAUAUUGUGAAUAUUCAGGUAUUUUCCAUGGUUUCCAGAAGUAGCUAGUUUUAGUUAUAAGAGUAAAAGGGGCUUGAGCCCUUUUAUUUUUAAUUUGUGGAAAACUUUCAUACAUAAUUGUGAAUUUAGAUAAACUAGAGGGUUUAGGCAUCAGAACCGCUCCUAGGAAGCGGCGGCAGCCUGUCCACCCCUCGGCCAACCUUCCUCUUUCCUCUCUUCUGUCUUCCUCCUUUUCUUCCUCCUCAUCCUCUUCUCUUCUUUCGAUGCUCUAUAUCUCUCUCUGUUUUCAUGUCAUCCAUGAUGAUACCAGCCUUUUACAUAUUCCUUCGUCUUGUGUUUGCUUUAAGCAUGGGAAUUGAACACAGUUAUCAUUUUAAUUACACCUAUAAUAAGUCAGAAGAUAAAAUUAAUUUUUUCAGCAAUAUUGUCACUGUAUCCUGCAUCUCUUUUAUUUGUCAGAGAAAAAUAGUAUUAGGUAUAUGGCACGGAUAUUAUAUCCAGAAAAGGCGCCGACGGAAAUCUUUGUCUAUGAUGUAUGGAACCUCUUGUGUAUUUAUUAAUAAAACUUGUAAACACCACAUCAGGACCCUUUCAUUGUUUAUCACAUUGGGAAGGGAAAAAACUUGGAGGUAAUGUAAACUUAAAUUCAUUUCUGUAUUUGCAGGUCAUGAUGCUGUGAUACACGGUCAAUAAAGCACCAAGUCACAA